UUGUCACCAUUAUAAUUGACGUUGCUUUUAUUAGAUUUGUGUGAGAAAUAUAAACAUAUUAAAUAACACAAAGUGUCUAAAAAUCGUAAAUAAUGGCGGAGGAGGAAAGAAGAAAUCCCGAGCAAAGGCAAGCCGAUCAACUGGGAAACUUCGCUUUCUAUUUACGGAUGACAGGACGAUUUAUUGCAAUCUACUGGAAGAUUCUUUUUGCGCUUAUUUGGCCUUUGUUCAUUUUACCUUUUCUCAUCAUUUAUGACUGUAAGGAAAUGAGAUGCGCGUUCGUAGUGUUGAUAAUGGCGGGCUACUGGAUAACUGAUUGCUUCCCUAUGGCGGUAACGGCACUGAUACCGGUUGUGUUGUUCCCAUCCCUGGGCGUACUUAGCACGAGAGAUACAUGUAUUUGUUACAUGAACGACACGAUAAUGGUGUUUCUCGGUGGUUUGAUUCUCGCUAUUGCUAUCGAGCACAGCAAUUUACACAUGAGGAUCGCUCUCGGGGUUUUGAGGGCAGUUGGUGCGAGCCAUGCCAAAUUGCUUGGCGGUCUUUGCGCGGUUACAACUUUUAUAUCCAUGUGGGUGGCAAACACAGCGGCCACCGCCAUGAUGGUGCCCAUCAUUUUUGCUGUACUACGCCAAUUGGAAACGGCCGGAUUGGGUGCGGUAUUUGAUACGGAGGUGGAUCCAGAAAAACCGGAUGUCGUAGCCGAGAUAAAACCAACGAGAAUAACAAAAGCGUACUUUUUGGCGGCGGCUUAUUGCUCAACGUUCGGUGGAACGGGCACGUUAGUGGGGACCGGCACAAAUUUGACUCUUAAAGGCAUCUUCGAGACCACGUUUCCCGAAUCCGACGGAAUUAUAUUCACCACUUGGUUGAUCGCGUCGUUUCCUCAGAUGGUCAUCAAUUCCUUUCUCUGCUGGCUCUAUCUACAAGUUGCUUAUUUCGGAUUCUUCAGACCGCGCAGCAAGGACGCUCAAUUAGCUACGAUCGGACCCGAGGGCGAAGCCGUUACGAAUCAAGUGAUACUAGAGAGAUACAGAGAGUUGGGACCGAUAAGUUUUCACGAGACCGGAGUGGCUGUGCUAUUCUUCAUGUGCGUGUUUCUCUGGAUAUUCCGAAAACCCGGAUUCGUCACCGGUUGGGCGGAAGUGAUUACAGACACAGAUCUGAGGGACUCGGUGCCGGUGAUCUUUGCCGCUAUCCUAAUGUUUUUCAUCCCGAAGGAUCUCAGCUUCUUUCGCAGUUGCAGCCGAGAUCCCGCACAAAGACCAAAGAAAUCGCAGGAAGGUUUGAUAACGUGGAAAAAAAUUGAGACCAAAAUGCCAUGGAGUCUGAUGUUCUUGCUGGGCGGUGGUUUUGCGAUCGCGAAAGGUAGCAUCGAAUCUUGUAUGGCGAAGCGAGUCGGCAUGGCUAUGCUACCGCUACGUCAUUUGCCACCUGUACUGAUACUCACUUUGGUCGGUUACUUUAUCAGUACCAUAACGGAAUUCACUUCAAAUGUAGGCAUCGCAAAUAUUACUUUACCGAUUAUAGCUCAAAUGUGCAUAGCAAUGGAGAUACAUCCUCUGUAUCUAAUGGUACCGGCCACAUUGUGUGCUUCGUUCUCGUUUCGACUUCCGGUCGGAACGCCACCAAACGCCAUCGUAACUGUUCAGGGACACAUUCCAACCAAGGGACUCAUGGCUGGAGGCUGUGUGCCCGCGAUUUAUUCUGUGUUAGUGCAAGUUAUUCUGUUCCCGACAUGGGGUGCUUACAUUUUCGAGAUUGACAAGGGAUUUCCUGAAUGGGCUGCGCAUAUGAUAGCAGGGAACGACACAGAUGAGUGUUAAUUAAUUGAAGAAGAUAAAUUAUAUUCGUAAAAGAGCGAACAGUUUCGAGCCUCUUGGUGUUUUUUACGUGAAAGAGGAGAAAAGAUAGACAAAAACCAGAUUUACAUUUCUUCUACAACUUAAUAACAUAUAAAAUAUAGUAAUAUAAAACUGAAUAUUAAAACAUGUUGUGUUUUGUGAGACAAUUGGAAAUAAAACAAGUUCAAAUAAAAACUGUUGUAAUAAUUA